ACAGUUUAGUUACCUUGUGGGUCAGAGAGAAGUGUUUGCAUUCUGAACCAGUUUGCUGUUUUAAGAGACAUUUAUGGAGCCCUUGUUUUUUGAGGUUAACCUCCUUGUUGUACUCUUUUUGUCAGGAAUCUGUGUCAGAUCAUCUUUGGCUUUUCCGCCUGAACAUUUCACACAGCAUGCUUCAUUUCAAAAACCUCAGCUUACAGGGAGCCAGAGCUCCAAACACACUGCACAGCAGCACCUGAAGGUUCUGGCAGGGGAACGAGAGAAGGUGAACACGGUCAGCGUGACCUGCCAUCCGGACUUAUUGGAGAUUGUUAUCAAAGCUGACAUGUUUGAGGUUGGAGCUCCUGUUAACGGGGAUGAGUUGCGCCUUGGAGUUGAAUACAAUGAAUUCUGUAGAGCUACAGCGUCUUCAGGAGAUGAAUACAGAAUUGUUGUUGGACUACUGGACUGUGGCACCAAACACUGGAUGACUGAUGACUCUCUGGUCUACACGAAUCUGCUCAUCUUCUCUCCUGAGAUGUCGCCUGAUGGGGUGAUUCGAAUGGAUGAGGCUGUAAUUCCAAUUGAGUGUCAUUACGAAAGGAGGUACAGUUUGUCCAGUUCUUCACUCACGCCGACCUGGAUCCCCUUCAUGUCUACUCAAGCUGCAGUGGAAACCUUGGAGUUUGACUUGAGAAUCAUGACAAAUGACUGGCUAUAUGAAAGAGGCUCUAAUGUGUUUUACCUCGGCGAGCCCAUCGGCAUCGAAGCCUCUGUCAGAAUUGGACAUCACAUGGGGCUCCGAGUAUUUAUAAGCAGCUGUGUGGCUACACUCUACCCAGACAUAUACUCUAAUCCCAGAUACGACUUCAUUGAAAAUGGGUGCUUGGUUGACUCCCAGCUUCCAGGUUCAAAGUCCCACUUCUUACCCAGGACACAGGAUGACAAGCUCCACUUGGUCAUUGAUGCCUUCAGGUUCCACAAUGAGGACAAAGGAGAGCUCUACAUCACAUGUCACCUGAAUGCUGUACCAGUAAAUGAUGCAGAGGCACAAAAUCAAGCAUGCACUUUAGUAAAUGGAAGAUGGCGGUCAGCUGACGGUAAUGACUACUUGUGUGGGUAUUGUCAAGGCCAAAAUGAAGUGGGCCAAACCCACAGUAAGCCCAGCAGCUCUGGCAAGUUUGCUCCUCGUGGGUUUGGGAAGUCAAAUGAAGCUGAGACUUCCUGGAGGGGUGGACUGAACACCAACAAAGUGUGGGAGCAGGAGGCAAGAGUGGGUCCAGUGUUGGUCUUGCCAACCAAGAAAAGUGGGCCUCUACCUGUGGAGGAUCUCCCUCCAGUCCUCCAUAAAAUCAGCAUACCUACUCUGUAUGGCAGUCAGUGGAAAAGUGGUAUAAGCCCCAGAACUGAUCUGGAGAAGGGACUGCUUCCUGGUCCGCCAUCUACCUCAGACCAGGUGGAGGAUUUGACUGUUGCUUCUGAGCAGAAAAAAGAUGGCUCCCAUGUGGAUUUGGGCAAAAGCAGAACAGAUCCAAAAGAAGGAGACUCGGACAAUACAGUCACAACUCCUGAGGUCACACUGAAAUCGAAAGCAGCACUGGACACUAACACCACCGCAGCCCCCAGUGACCUCAGCCCCACUAUGCAGUUUAAGGUGGAUGUGACGACGCUGUCAAAUGCAACUGCUGCAGAAUCUGACCUUUCGGAUACAAAUGACCCAAAGAGAUAAUAAACAAUUAAAACUACA